AUGAGGAUGCGAAAUGCAUUCAACACAAUGCCUAAUACUGCUACUAGUAGUGAUUCUGCAAGUCGGAUACGAUUGAGAAAGUCAAAAGCUGGUGGUGCGAUGACGAAAUUACCGCAUCAGGUGCUUAGGAGAAAUGAACGAGAAAGGAAGCGUGUCCAACAGGUAAAUCUUGGAUUCAUACACCUUCGCGAUCGGGUACCACAUUCAGCAACCAGCAAGAAGCUGAGUAAAGUGGAAACACUCCGUGAAGCAGCCCGGUAUAUCAAGCACUUGCAAGAUCUGCUUCAAGGUACCUGCGAUAAACCAUUUGAACCUUUGAAUACCAACCAGGAAUCACGACAUUGCCACGAUAGUCCAUGUUUCUCGGAAGAAAAUCACUAUCCUCUGCAAGAUCAGGCGACCGGUAUCUGCCAGUUUGCUUGUAAUAGUGAACCCUUUUACUAUCAAUCUCCUCAUGCUCAUGAUUCUUCUCUUUAUUAUAAAUCACCAACCUCAUUUAAUCCUAAUAAUACGGUAGUGAAACCUGAAAAUGAAUCUUUGAAUACAUCUUCUUAUUCUUCAUCUUCCUUAAGUUUCACCGAGAUUACACGGUUUCAACGAACCGAUUAUGUAUUGUGA